AUGAAUCAUACCUUUAAUGCCGAUAAACAAGAUUUUAAACCCUACUCAAACCUUUUACAAGACCUCUCCCCUUUAAAUCCAUCAAAAUCAUAUUUUAAAGAAAAUUUUAUUUUGCAGAGCUUUUUAAAGCAAUCUGAAAGUGAAGAGGAAGAACAAGAUAAUUUCUACCUAGGACCCUCAAAAGUCGAGGAGCCUUUAUCAUCAAGACAAUCUCUUAUGAUCAAAAGAGCAAAAAUUCAUUGCCUGGGACUUGACUAUUUGCAUGGAGAAAAUGGCAGAGAUCUGAACUUGGCAAAGGCAAAGGAGCUAUUGCUUGAAGCUGCUGAAAUGGGGUGCACGGAAUCUAUGUACAGCAUUGGAGUGUUUUAUGUAGAAGGACUCUAUGGGUAUAGAGAUAAAAAUGUAGGGAUUGACUAUUUGCAAAAAGCAGCUGGAUUGGGACAUAAAAAAGCAAAGAAAAAGCUUAGGAGAACUGGCGAAUUAUCACCAAUUGAAGUAUUUAAGCUUUGCUUUGAUAACUAA